AUGACGGACGCCUUGGCAAUUGGCAUGUUCAUUUUUGCGCUGUUUUACCAGACCCUUGCAUUUCAUCCCAUAUAUGCUGGAAGUCGAAGGCAGAUCUCUAGUUCAGUCACAGGUAGCGCGACCGCCGAUCCAUCCUUGAAUAUCAUCACCUUUACUGAAGAUGAUGAGACGCUGAUCGACGCAGCUACAUUCAUGGUUGACUCUUUUUGGCUAGGAUCCGACCAUCAGGUGAUCGGAGACGUGAAAUCAAUAUCAAUAAACAGUCGCUCAAAGUUGAUUCAAGAGCAAGCAUACGACCUGAGUUCAAAGUACGCUGAGCGCAUGGGGAAACGGCUCUUAGAUUCUCGGUUUUUGAUAGGAAAGAAUGCAGACUCUGGUAUUAUUCUGGGAGUAGUCGGCGUCGAAACGACGUUGUACGACAAAGGCAGGAAAAACAUUCUCUCGGAGCAUCGAGCAUAUAAAGACAGUAUGGUAGAACAAGUUACGAAAGAAUUGUUGUCACCUGGCUACAUCGCUAUCUGUUGUUUGUCCAAUCUCGCUGUGCGCCAGGAAUUGCGUGGUCGAGGUAUUGCGUUGCAACUUUGCACGGAGGCAGAACGCGUCGCUGCUGAAUGGAAGUACAAUAGUAUUUUCCUCAAGGUAGAGGUAACAAAUACGGCGGCUCGGUCUCUUUACGAGAUGAAACUCAACUAUCUGCUUGAAUCCACUAUUGAGUCUGCGAGCGCCAUGCGUGUUCAGGCCGACACAGGUGCUCUGAUCGAAGUAGAUGCUGAUACUCUUAUUCUAAAAAAGAAAUUGUAG